AUGGCCAUCCCGCAAACGUCCGAGUGCGCGACGAACGCGUGCGACGAUUUCGAUUACCACGACCAAGAUUUAACGCAAACGUAUUUCACCAAAGGGUCGUUAAAACGAGCGAACUUUCGAGGGGCGAACUUAUCGGGGAUCUCGUUAUUCGGAGCGAACUUAGAGGAGGCGGAUUUCACGGGAGCGAACUUAGAAAACGCGAAUUUAGGACAGUGUAACUUGCUGAAGACGAACUUUACCGGGGCGAAUUUAACGAACGCGAUCGUCUCGGGCGCGAGUAACUUGGAGACGGUGAAGGCGAACGAUUCGGACUGGUCGCAAGUGAUCAUAAGGAAGGACGUGUUGAUGGGGAUUUGCGCGAACGCGGACGGGGUGUCGCCGGUGAGUGGAGAUCCGACGAAGAUGACGCUGGAGUGUCCGUAA